ACGAGUGCUUCGGCUUGGAUUGCGGGUUCAAGGACUGUCUUUUGAACACUUUUGGCCAACCUGUCUGCAUUGGCUCGGGGGAAGAAUGGAAUCCGGAUGCAUGUCUCAGUCAGAACCUGUUUUGCGGGGAAGCAGAGUGCGUCGUGCAGGAUGGUACAACACGUUGCCAAUGCAAGGAAGGUUUCGUCUUACAAAAAGAUACUUACAAGUGCAUUGCUGACGUGUGUUAUAAGUAUGAUUGCGGGACAGCUGCUUCCUGCUCUGUGGGAGGCGAUGGCACUCCCAAGUGCUUGUGCAAUGUCAAAGGGCUUAUCUACGACAACGAAAAGAGGACAUGCAACGACGCGUGUUACAAAUAUGAGUGCGGACCAGCUGCGUCUUGCUCCGUGGGAGGCGAUGGCGCUCCCAAGUGCUUGUGCAAUGUCAAAGGUCUUAUCUACGAUGAAAAAGACAAGUCAUGCAAUGCGGCAGACCCUUGUAAGACGGGCACUCUCAGGUGCGGCAAUAAUUCCAAGUGCGUUGUGAAGUACGGGCAGGGGAGUUGCGAGUGUGACGCCGGCUACACCAAGAGGAGUGGCCUCUGCACUGCCGUGUGCAAGCGGGCCUGCCCUGUGAAUGCGCAGUGCACGGUGGAGAGAGGAAAGCCGGUGUGCCAGUGCAGGCAGGCUUUCAAAAUGGAGAACAACAAGUGCACACCCAUAUGCCAGGGUGGCUGCCCUGCCAAUGCGCAGUGCAAGGUGGUGGGAGGCAGGGCGGCAUGCCAGUGCAAGGCAGGGUUCCAAAUGGAUUAUAACAACAAGUGCACUU